CGCGUGUGUGUCAGUGAUGAAAUCUGUUCAGUUUGGUGAAGGGCUGAGAGAGAGAGAGAGAGAGAGAGAGAGAAAAACUAACUGGACCUACAGAGGGAACCCGCUGCGUCCUCAGUACUUUCACACAUCAUUUCCCUAACAGAUUAAUAGAGAAGAUCUGAAGUGUGAAUUUUCACACCCGGCUGGUAUGUUUACAAGCGAGGGAAAGACAAGAAGCUGACCUCUUCUCCCACAAAAAUAUUCCGAGGGGCUGUUUCGGACUGUGGUGGCCAAAGUGGAGAUUAGAACAGCCCUCACAAACCUUCGACCCCCUGCACAAAGGCCCAUGAGAUUCCAUGAAAAACACCUCAGACAGAUGAGAGAAGUGUGAAAAGUAGAGGACGUGUGUGUAAGUCAGCCCGGGACAGCUCUAUUGAAAUUCAUGAUUUUAUUUUCACCCUGCCCCUUGGUGAUGCUUUAUAAGCCUGAAACUCGGAGCAAGCCAAGGAAUUAGGUCAUGCUAGCCCAUGAAAGAGCUCUUUUUGGACAUUUUAUUCUAGUCUUGUCUGUUUUGAGAAUAUGACCCUGAGGUUGGUGUUACUGGGACAGACUGCUUGCUGAAAGCCAAUUCCACCAUGUCCUGGAAAAGGAACUACUUUGCAUCAGGCAGCAGUGGGCUACAGGGCAUCUUUACCCCACGCACCAUGACCUCCAUUGCUCCCAGCAAAGGGCUCAGCAAUGAGCCAGGACAGAACAGCUGCUUCCUCAACAGUGCUCUGCAGGUCCUCUGGCACCUGGAUAUUUUCCGCAGAAGCUUCCGGCAGCUAACCACACACAAGUGCAUGGAGGACUCUUGCAUCUUCUGUGCUCUCAAGAGCAUCUUUGUGCAGUUUCAGUACAGCUCAGAAAAGGUGUUGCCAUCUGACGCUCUGCGUACGGCUCUGGCCAAGACGUUUCAGGAUGAGCAACGCUUCCAGCUGGGCAUCAUGGACGACGCUGCUGAGUGCUUUGAGAACAUCCUCAUGCGUAUCCACUUUCACAUCGCUGAUGAGAGCAAGGAGGACAUCUGUACGGCAAAACACUGCAUUCCACACCAGAAGUUUGCUAUGACGCUCUUCGAGCAGUGUGUGUGUGGGAGCUGUGGAGCCUCAUCAGAUCCUCUGCCCUUCAUUCAGAUGGUGCACUACAUCUCCACCACCUCUCUAUGUAACCAGGCCGUAAGGAUGUUGGAGUGCAGGGAGAAGCCAACCCCUGACAUGUUUGGGGAGCUGCUUAGAAACGCUAGCACCGUGGGAGACCUGCGCAACUGUCCUGGUAACUGUGGAGAAAAGCUUCGUAUUCGCCGUGUGCUCAUGAACUCUCCUGAGAUCAUCACCAUCGGCCUGGUGUGGGACUCGGAAAACUCAGACCUCGCUGAGGAUGUCAUCCAUAGCCUGGGCACCAUCCUGCGUCUCGGAGACCUCUUCUCCAGGGUGACUGAGGAGAAGGCCAGGAAGGCAGAGCUCUACCUAGUGGGCAUGGUGUGUUACUACGGCAAGCACUACUCCACUUUCUUCUUCCAGACCAAGAUCCGGAAAUGGAUGUAUUUUGAUGAUGCGCAUGUCAAAGAGAUUGGGCCGAAAUGGAGGGAUGUGGUGUCUCGUUGUAUAAAGGGUCAUUACCAGCCACUACUGCUUCUCUACGCUGACCCACGCGGCACUCCGGUGUCUGUGCAAGACUUGACCUCUCGCUUGGACCUUCACCACUACACCAAAACCUACUACGACAGCGAGGACUCUGGUCGCGAGCCUUCAAUUUCGAGCGACACACGAACAGACUCCUCAACAGACAGCUACAGCUAUAAACAUUCUUACUCACACCACGAGUCCAUGGCCUCACACUUCUCGUCAGACUCCCAGGGUACCAUCGUUUGCAACCCUGAAAACGGCGCAUCACGCAGCAGUCUUGAUACUACGGGCCCUCUGACUGACAGUGAGCCUGCUCAGCGUCACACCCCUAGAAAAAGUGGGACCACAGACAGGAAGAGUGGCGUCGUGGACAGGAAGAGGAGUGCCAGCCGACCCCGCCGAUUUGACGAAAGAAGUCGAGCGUGUAAAACUGACGAGGUGUCUUCUGCGGGAUACCACAGUGAGGGUGAGACACUGAAAGAGCAACAGGUCCCACGGGGCACCCCUAAACCCUGCUCUAGCCGUUUACGGGACUUUAAAGAGAGCAUGAGCAGCAUCAUCCUGAGCCGGCCGCAAUCCGCCGACAGCACCAGCAGCGAGUCCAAGUCCAGCUCCGGUGGAGGACGAUAUAGGCCAGCCUGGAAACCACGCCGAGACGCUCUUAAUAUCGACAGCAUCUUCGGCAGAGACAGACGCAAGCAGGCCGGCUACGCACCACUGGGCACCGUAUUACCUGAGGAUCCCAACCAAAAGGGAGCACUGACAGGCUCAAUGGUUCAAAUGGGUUUCGGUGCCAGUUCUGCAUCCAAGACACUGCCAUCAUCUCAAGGCAAGAGGAUGGAACCCCCUCGUCUCAUCCAGAGGAUGGAGAGUGGGUAUGAAAGCAGUGAGAGAAACAGCAACAGUCCUGUGAGCCUGGACAUCCCCAUUAAUGAGGGAGCUGUGAACGGAUUACACGGUGUAAAAGACACAGGUUUGAUAAAGCCUCCUUCCGGCGUCAGCCCCCCGUGGAAGAGUGUACAGAAGUCGAAAAGCAGCAGCUCCCUCCUGCAGGAUGUCAAAGCCUCCAUUAGAGGAACCAGUCAUAUGAGCCCAGCCUCAGAGGCACGAAGUGAGCUUGACGAGCUCCAGGAGGAGGUGGCGCGAAGGGCAAAAGAGGAGGAGCUUCAGAGAAGGAAGGAAAAAGAGAACGAAGCAGCGAUGGGCUUCAACCCCAAACCCAGCAAGUUCAUGGACCUGGAUGAGCUGCAGAACCAAGGUAAAGGGGACGGCUUUGAGCGGUGUGUGCUGGACGCUGAAGCUUUGUUAGAUCAGUCUCUGAGGUUGGAGCAAGCAGGCGAGGUCGCUGCCGCACUCUCUGUGGUUAACGAAGCUGUGUCUAAACUCAGGCAUGCCAUGCAUGAAGGCAGUGCUAACGGACAGGGCAGGACAGUGGCUGAGGCCCGACUGCAAAAGUGUAUGAGGAGGGCGCGAGGCCUGCAGCAGCGCAUGCAGCAGCAGGAGAAACAGCAACAGCAGCAGCAAGAGGAGAAGGAGGAGGAGGAGAGGGAGGAAGAGCAGAAGCAAAAACUGCCUUUCAGUGAGCAGCCUGUCAAGAUCCAAAUACUUCUGACAGAAGCUCAAGAGGAGGUUGUGGAUGCGGUCUCAGAAUCAUUAGGCCCACCAUUAUCAUCCCCCAUAAAGCCCCAUUCCCCUGCUCCAUCCACUCCUGAUCUUUCCAUCUCCUACUUGAGAGAGAGCCCUGAACGUCCUUCAUCCACCGAUAACCUGCAGCGUCUACACUCUCACUCAGACUCACCGGAGCGUUCCUCUUCUUCUGCUUGUUCAACCUGUAAACCCAAUGCCAGCCCUGUGCCUGCGUUCACAGUAAACGGUGCCCCCCACAUGCCUUCACAAGUCAGAGACAAGCCCGAAGCUCACACACAUGGGCACAAUCAUCACCCACCUGUGUCCCGGAGUAUCAGCGUCCCUCGCUCUUCCUCUUCCUCUGACCACUACAACUUAGAGGAGAAGCCACAGAUGCUCUACUCGUAUCAGUCACCCCUCUUCAACCAUCUACCUCCACAGCACCCUGAUAUCGCUCCACCUGCACAGAAUUCUAUACCAUCUUCUGCUUCAUCUGCUUGCCACAUACCAUGCUCCAACUCACCGGCCAGACCUAUGCCUGUAGAGCGCUGGGCUGAAAACGUCACCAGAUACUACAACUCUCAAAAUGCUUCGCAGCCAUGUGGCUCACCUUGUGAAGAAUUGUCUGAACUUGACUCACUCUACAGAGCCAGCUUGCGGGCUCCCAGCAAACCCAGAGGCUCUUGCGGGCCCAGUCCACUCCACACUGGAAGACAAGGUCCUGCUGCAGCACGCAGACUCGCGUCUGGACACUCAGGCUCACUUGGUCGCUCCAAAACCCCCACUGCUGAGAUUGAGAGGAGUGCCUACAGGACACCAGAAUACAUUAGCACUCCUGCACACAGACCUGUUACGCCUACGCCGUGUGAUGUACCAGUGUGUGAGGAUCAGGUGUACAGUGCUGAGAAUCUGCGUCGCAUAGCUCGCAGUCUGAGCAGUACAGUCAUCAGAGGACGAGCCGAAAACGUUGUUCCUUCUCGCAGCUAUGAUAUUCCUGCUUCGAGAAUUGCUAAGCAUGUGGACCCUCGAAUGAACCCACGCAACACCCCCCUGCAUGUCACACCUGUUACCCACAAUCCUCCAGUUUUCACCCACCACCCUGAGCACCAGUACCUGCACCCACCUCAGCAGCAACCUCCCCCUCUUCCUCCGUCACAGCGACCCACACGAGGACAUACAGGGUCUGCAGGAGAUGCCCAAAAUGUGGAAAGGUUUCUGGGUGUGCUUGACCGGGGUGAAGCUCCUGCCCACAGUAGUGCCCACAGUGUGGCGAUGAGCUACGGGACUCUUCCUCGGGCACCCCGAAGAUCAGCUCCUACUGUUUUGUCCAUGACUCAGCCCAGAGUCGGAAUAGCUGCUCGCCCCGAGGCCCGGAACUACAGAGAUCCUCGUUAUGCCACCCUGGCUCACUCAGGCCAUCCGAUGCCCGCUAACAGACCUCUGGACGUUCCUCAGCGCCAACCUCAACGUGCCAGCCUACCCAGACUGCCGCUGCCUGUUCCUGCUGCUCAGCCCAUGCGUAUGGAUAUGCCACCAGAUGGAGACUGGAGGACCGCCGCGUACAAAGCAUGUCAGCCGGACGGCCAGGGGUUCAAAAGCCGACGUGGUUCUCACGGGCAGCUUUGUUCCCUGUGCCAGCAGUCUCUGGCUGAGCCCAUGGGCACCUACUGCCAGGCUUGCAUUACCUACCGAAAUCGCUACAGGAAGGCCAACUAAAGCAACACCUUAUGGAAAUUCCAGCUUCAAGUACAUGAUCAUGUCCCAUUCACAUGUAUAUGAUGAGAGAUGGAGGAGAGUCAUACACCAGCUCAUUUCUUUCUUUUACUUACUACAUUCAUCUCCUUCACUUUGCUCUGCAGGAUGAGUUUUACUUUUACACACAUUUGCUGAUGAAGAAUGGCCUCUAAAUGAUGGUGUGAUGCUUCACAUCUGCACUGUGCGUGUCAUGUUGGCUGAAGACUGUUUUACACACUGGAUUUAGACUUCUCAGUUGCAUUUUAUCUGCUUAACUCCUACGGGAAGACCUUAAUCCAUUCCUUGAAUGACCUGCCAGUUUGAUUGGUAUUUAACUACAGUGUUUUGGAACGAGUGCAUUUUUUUAUGAGGACACGAAGCACAAAUUCAAGACAAGACAAAGCUUACUAUUUUUGGAUUACUGAACCAUAGGCCUGGAUUAUACAACUGACCCUUGCUCGUUUUAUUAUAGAUUUCUGAAUAUCUUCUUGCAUACUAGCCGAGUGAAGCAAAUUCGAAGAAAAUGUUUUAGAAACUUGUGAAAUGUGAGUGAGGUAAUGGCAGUGGCAUAAAAAUGUUGCACUGUGAUGUGGAGCGAAAAGAGAACUUUGUUGUUGUUCUACUUUCAUGUCAUGUCAAGUGGCUCACUGAAAAGCACUCAUGACAUAAAAGUAGGAUUUCAGUAUAAAAAUACACCAACACUCGUCCUAUGAAUAAUUAUAGAACGAUUUUAAAGGCAUUAAAAAUCUGAAAUAUCAGUGUUAAACUUCUCAACAUGCCAGGUACAGCAGUUCAGAAGAAGACCUGCAGCUUUUUUUUUUUGCUUAGCAUUAAUGCUGAUGAAGAGUCCGGUUCGGGUUUAUGAAAGAUAAAAUAUACCUGUUUUAUUCUUGCAAAUUUAGCCAUCCUGCAUCUGCCAGGUAUUUUAUUUUAUUACAUAUUUUUAAUCUGCAACGUAACCGAAACUGUGAAGUGAGCUGAGAAUUUUGCAUCAUUUAGAAAACCUAAUGCAUAAAUCAGUACCUUGAACACAGGCCAAUUUACCCACAGCAGCAUCACAAUAUGCAGCUAUAUGAUGCUACUGAUUACUUCAGUAUUUAAGAUUGAAUCAUUUAGCUUUAGACCAUUUACGCAAUCGCAUGUUUCAUUUAGCCUCAGUUAAAGCAGAGGUAGUAUUUAAAGCCCUCUGCUGCUACAAGCCUCAAACCGAGCGGUAUAUAUUUCUCACAUACAGAUAUAGUGUGUAUCUUCAUACAUGUUCCAGAAUACAUUUAAAAUAGAAUUUACAGCUGGUUUUAACUGAAAAGUUGCGUUUACGUUCGAAAGGCUAGAAAUAAAUUACGUUUAGUUUUUAAUCAGUAAUGAAAAGGAGACUUGACUGAAUCAUAGACAUAUUGAUUCAGCAGUUUUUGCUCAACACGGUGUAGUGAAGGUUUUUAACAUGUGUGAUGGUCUGGGAAACGCCAUCUGAUGUCACUGUGGCUGAAUUCUAGCAAACAGCCAAAAGUAAUAGAAUUAUGUAUUAUUAAGAGAGAAGCUUAUUUAACAAACAGAUUUGUGGAAAAAAGUCUAAACAAAAUCUAAAACCUUACAUAAGUGUGAUUUCUUCACCCAGUGAAGGGCAAGAUUUAAACUACUUACUGGAUAGUUAUCUGCUGUAUGGAUACAGACACGAGCCUAAAACUUUAAUCUUUCCCCAGUAGAGUAAUAGUUUAUUAGUAAAUAGUGUGGUAGACUCUGCUUCCUGAGGUCCCUGUUCAGAUCUUGGUGUGUUGUUUUGAGGACAUGGUAGCCUAGUGGUUAUGGUGUUGAUUUACUGAUCGAAAGAUUGUUAGUUCGAAUCCUAUGGCCACCAAGCUGCCACUUCUUGGCCCCAUAGCAACCUUACCCUAACCUUCAAUUGUUCAGUUAUAUAAAAUGGGAUAAAAAUCUAGGGUGUCUGAUUAAUGCUGUAAAUGUAAUCAGUUCAGUUUAAAAUCUCAUACUCGCCAUCGAAUUAUCCACAAUGUUGAAAUACAAUUUAUUUUCAUUUUUAAUACUAACCACGUGUUAAUAUUGCCGUAACUUUUCUCAUACCUGACAUAUGUCAUACUGUGGAGUGUUUAACCAGGCCAUCACACAUGUUCUUGUAUCCGACCCAGUAUUUCGUCUUGUCCCGUAUUAGAACACACUGCACUUAACAGACAAGUUGUGGUGGAUUUAGUGAGGCGUUACCUCUAAAUGAAUGCUUUAAAGCUUUUCGGUGAUGCUUAAAAACUGUGCAGCUUCAGUCGCUACAAAAUGUAUAUGCAAUGUCGCGAGGCCUGUGUUCCUAUAACUUAAUGCCGUAUACUAGCCUGAGUUGUGUGACUUUGCUUAACUAUGUUAACACUGAUUUAGUGCACUUCACAAGUGUUGAGUUAGAAGGUGUAACUCUGUUGUAACGUACAUUACCCAUAAUUAUGGGAUAUUUCAAUGUUUAAUAUGUGUAACUACAUAAUCUAUAGAUCUAUAUCUUAAAUUUAGUCAUAUAUAGUUUUUUAUGCUGAUCUACAGAAUAUAUAUUUCAGUAUUUACAUGAAGUACUGACCUCGAAAAGUGUAAUUCUACAUGUAUGUACAUUUAUAAGGCUGUGGAAAUGAAACUGGCACGUGGCUUCCUCGGUUUCGGGCCUCGCCGUCAGCGGGCCAGGAGAGCAGACAUACAAACUUUAUCAGCCUGGGCAUCCUGUUGGUUUUGCCAUCAAUUUUGGUUCAUUAUUAAAUAUGAACAGUAAUAAUGACCUUUUAUUUUUAGCCUUAGAGCUCUUUUAUUACCAAAUCUUCCACUGACAGAACACAACUAACUUGUUUUUUGACUUUUAAUCUUGCUUGCUAUACAAAAAAAAAAAAAGAAAAUCAUGUUGAACCUGCUUGCAUAAAGACUCGUUUAGGUUAGCAAACUGACUCAGUUAUAUUCCGAAUAAAACAUCUAUCGAAAAUUUUAUUUAGGAAGCGGUUUAGCAUUAGCUACAACGUUAUCCAGUUGUUAUUAUGGAUUAGCACUAAGACAAGGUGUGAUAUGCAGCUAAAGUAACAUAUUUAAAUGGUGUUAAGAUCUUUACAGCUUGGCUUUGUGUAAGUGGCUGAAUGAUGCUAAGUGAUGAUCAAGUCUGAGAUGGCUGGAUAUACUGUAUAUACAUAUCUCAUGGAAACUGAGAGUUUAUACUAGAGAAAAAUGAAGCUUUUUGUGAUAUUGGUGUUGUGGCACUGAAAGCCAUAGUGCUACCCAGCCAGAUGCUUUAAACUUAACAUCUAGCGUUUAGCUAGCUAGCUUUCAUUGUACAAUUUAUAUGACUUACUUAUGUUUGUGUGAAGAAUAAAAAAUAUAUUAGGUUGUUGGCUAAUUAGCAAGCUAAAUCUGUUAAACCAGUCAUAGUUAGCAAGCCAACUUCACUGAUAAUGCGAACAUGGAGCUUCUCAGACCAGUUCUCUCUCCUUCUCUCUUUCACUGUUAUCACAACCUUCUUUCGUUUGCUUGGAAAGGUGUCGUCUGAUCGGGUAGUACACUUUUCUGAUUCUGACCCCCAACAGCACAAGCUGUCAAAUUGUGUGUCCCAUUUUAAAAACUGCUGCAUUUCUACCUGCUCUGUUUUUGCAAUCAUUAAGCGUGGCUGACAUCAGUGACGUGUCUCACUCAGGGGUCUACUGAUGUUUGGAUUGUACACAAUUUAGUCAAUUGACCAGCCAAACAGAUUACAAAUAAAGAACUUGAUAAUAAGUAUAAUAACUUUUAAAAUGGGAGCUUGUGAUUUUCACAAAAAAGAAAAAAAGCUUCAUGAUCCUAACAUUGAAACCACUGAUUUACAGAAACGUCUUUUACGCAGGAUGUCUCAUGAAGGUGUAAAUGUGAAAAUGUUCUUUAAAAGGUGAACAGUCUGAGAGAAGUCGCUGAAUGCUGGAUUCUUUAUUCGUGAAAUUUGUAAUCUUUACUUCAACACCAGUAAAUGCAUUUACAUGUUUGUAAUGGUUUGAAAGCAUUAUGAAUUGAAAUGAAUUUUAAAAAGUCUAGUUUUUCCUCUGUUUAAAAAGAAAGAGUCUAAUUUUGUUGUUUAGAAGUGAGUAUUUUUGCAUUCUCUUGCUAUUUUAGACACUUUUAUUUUGUCUAAGGCGUUUAACAUGAAGUUUUGCCAGAUGUAUUGGAUACAGUACUGUAUGCAGUAGUCCGCUGUCUCUGGGUUUUCUCUUUAUUUUUAUGGAAAUGAAGUAAAAGACAGCAAAAAAAUAAGUGAACGAUGUAAAUACGUAUGUAUAUACAGAUACAGUCUUCAGUCUUGAACAUGGAGAUAAUUCUAGUUUGAAAUUUGUUUGUACAUGCUGUGGUAGAAAAUGGACCUGGUAUUUUUGCAAUAAAGCGAUAUUGUGCUCUAGUGAGGAGCGAAACAGAAA